CUCCCCCAACCGACGUGGGAUCUCACACUUAUCCUAUCCAUUCCCUUUUUUCGAACCAACUCAGUUCAAAACUCCCAAAAGUUAGAUCUUAGGUGAAGGGAAUGAAAAAAUAUGGUACACAGACCAAAUAGGAUUUACAUCUGAUGACAUACACUGAUAAAAAAUGAGAGGAACUUCACCAUUAUUGCCUUAAAACACUCGUGAAAUAGGAUGCAAAAGAUUUCACAACGAUCUAUGUGCUCGUUCGUCGUGUGUUAGACGUUUUUCUUGUUGGACUUCUAGAUCAAACAGGUUUCUAAACUUGAACAUCUUCCCAUCUGAUUGAGCCAUCUUUCAGUUACUGCUCAAACCUUCCAUAGACGUCCAUAUCUUGUGUAGUUCUGCAGUCUGUGCUAUCUAUUCUAAUUUACAAACAGCUUUUCAUCUUUACAGACGUCCUUAAUUCAAUCAUAGAUUUGAGCAAUGAGAUGAGUUUGAUGGACCAUACUCAUGUCAAAUGGUCCUCCGCUUCGCUCGCUGUCGAAUUCUCUCUCUAUUUCUUCCUCCUCUCACAUGUUAUAUAAGCAUCACGAUCCUCGUCUUGGAAGUAUUCAAAAUAUCUAAGGUUCAGUAUCUUGAGACACUGAAUGGUUAUCACUAUAAAUUCAGACCAUCUUCAUUCCAAAGAGCAUCACUUCCUCCACACUUUUCCCUUGUAAGUUUGGUGAAGAAAGGAAGCAAAGGAAGAGAUGGCCAUUGGACAAUUCUCUUGUACCUACACAGAGGAUUACAUAGAAAUGGAUAUAAGUUCCUCUUCCAAUUUCCGUUAUUCUCUGAACUCUCCGCCUCAACCGAGAGAGUUCGAGUUCCAAAUGAAUGCGGUUUCACUUGGAAGAGAAACUGCCAUUUCCCCGGCCGACGACCUUUUCUACAAGGGAAAGCUUCUUCCCCUUCAUCUCCCACCUCGAAUUCAAAUGGUCCAAAAACUCAUUCAAAACUCCAACGCUCACCAUGAAACCGAACCUUGCUUUGAAGAAAACUUCCAAAUCUCCUUCAUCUCGACCUCCUCCGUGUCCUCUGCUAAUGCAAGUAUUUAUACCCCUCAUAAGUCCUUUAAUUUUUCGCCUGCCGAGUCGUGCAGGUUCAGUUUCGAGCUAAUACCCGUUGACCAUUGGACGAAUGCUGAAAUGGGAAGCUGCCAAGAGCUUAAACAGAAUAGGCAGUCCUCUUUGUUUCGUACGCUCAAGGCCUCGCGAGCAUACAUCCGGUCCCUCUUCAAUAAGUCUGCCUGUACAGACGAGUCCUGCGCAAAACUAGCGGAAAAUAGGCCGAAAAGAAAAGAAUUCGGCUCUAAAAGAGACCAUGUUACAGCUACAUUAGUUGACAAAGACAGAGUUAGAAGACAGAGGAGAGCCUCAUUCUCUGCAAGUAAACCUUCCUGUCCAUCCUCCGUAUCUUCCUCCGGUUCUUCCUCGUUAUCGUCUUCUUCCUCUUUGUGCUCGUCAAACGGGAUGUUUGAUCCACAAGUUCUUAAGAGAUGCAACAGCGCAAGCUCGGAGAUGGCACGUUCCAUUGAAGGAGCUAUAGCUCACUGUAAGCAUUCUCAUUUUUUAUAAUUUCACUCAAGGAAAACCCAAAUCAAUGCUGAAGAACUGCUCUUCUCUGCUCUGCAAGAAUCACAAACUGAUGGCAAUGAGAAUUUAAAGGCAAGAGAGAAAGAACUACGCGAAGGAUUAAAGCUUGGAACUAUCUAGUUUGUUUUCUGGAUGUAAUGAUGUUGUUUUAUAGCUAGCAAUUGCUGUAAGUAAAAGCUCUUUAGUCCUGUCAGUCAGUACUAUUUUGUUCAGUUACUGUAUUCAUUGACAUCUUCUUUGGCUGAUGUUGUUUGUC